CAUGGGCGGGAGAAAGGGUACAAUAGUAAAACUGUGUGAGCCUCGUGAACUUUGCCGCCUCUGUGUUCGAGAGUCAUGAGUGAUGGUGUGUUGUGAGACCUGGAGGGGCACGUAAAUCGUGAAUAAAUGAGCUGGGACUGUGGCUUCGACGACUCCUUCUUUUUGUCUUCCUUGGCGACUCCCGUGUCGCCGAGGCAUGUAAAUCCCUGUCAAGUUGUACUCUCAUCUCACACCUUCUUCGCUCUAGCUCGUAGUUCAGCCCCCGGUCGGUCGCACUGGGGCUGGACGUUCUGGGUACCGUGGUCUGUCAUACAUACCGCCGCCUCUUUUGAUCCUGGCUGCGCGCCGUCCUCGGGGGACGGACAAUAUUCGCAUGGGUCCAUUAAGCGACGAAUGAACUCUCAUUCGAAGUUGGACGCUUGUGACAGAGGCAAUUCUUGUCCCCUCACUGGUGGCGGGGUGUCCAAGCGAAACACUGAUUUGAUCCGAUGUCGUCGCUUCUCCAGGCAUGUCUCCAGCCCAUGUCGUUGAUCACUAUUCGAAACAGCCGAGCUUCUUAUUGCU